AUCUUUUUGGUCCUCCUCAGCCUCUGUACGAUGACGUGUCCAUCUGCUGACGUGCACAGGAAGUAAGACAUUACCAGUUAAACAAGAGCCGAUUUUCUAUCUGUGGUGUGAUUUUCAUCACUUUUUAUAUAUAUUACACACAAAGUGAGGCUGAUAGAUCGUGUUAACGCCAGUGAUUCACCAUGAGGCGCGCAGGCUUGGGCGACGGAGGACCUGGAAACUACGUAGCAAGUGGAUACAGUGUGUAUGAAGAGGAAAAUGAACACUUACAGGAGGGACUGAGAGCCAAAGUCAGCGCUUUGAAAAGUUUGUCCAUCGACAUUGGAACGGAAGUGAAGUACCAAAAUAAAAUGUUAGACGAUAUGGACAACGACUUUGACUCAACAGGCGGGCUGCUGGGCGCCACCAUUGGCCGGGUCAAACAGCUGUCCAGAGGCAGUCAGACCAAACUGUUGUGCUACAUGCUGCUCUUCUGCUUUUUUGUCUUCUUUGUACUCUACUGGUUCCUCAAGUUAAGGUGACAGCAGGAUCUUGGUGGACUUUGAACCAAGCCCUUUUGUACAACAUGGAAUGACACAAGGUGAUUUACGGAGUUUAUGUCCCUAAAAAUAGACUGCUGUCGUGGUCAAAUUUUAGAUUGGUGUGCAGGGACCUAUGUGAUGAGAUUCAGCGGCGCAACAUGGAAGAUAAAAUGAUUACAAGCUGAGAAAUGCUGUAGUUGACACAAAGUAAUGAGAGAUGAGCGUGUGUAUCAUAAUCAGUGUAUUAUGCAAACGGCACCGAGUUACAGAAUCCCCUCUGAGAGAUAUCGUUUAGAUUAAUUGCUCUCAGGAAUUAAUUGGUGUAUUACAGACUAUGCCAAUUGUACAACAUAACAGCAUGUGAUAUUGUGAUUUCCACAGUACAUUGUUACGUGUUCAAUGUAAAUAAAGAUUUUAUGAGCGUUAAUCAUUUAGCUACAUUA